AUGGCCGCUACCGUCCACAGCGACCUCUUCACCGCCAUCUCCAAGGGCCAGAUCCACGCCGCGUCCAAGCUGCUCGACCUCGGCACCAACGUGAAUGCCACCAAGAUGAUCAAUAAGGUGCUGUACACGCCGCUGAUGCUCGCUGCGGAAAAAGGCCACGACGACAUCGUGAGACUCCUCUUGGAGCGCAACGACAUCGACGUGAAUCCGGUCCAACUGCCCCAGGCCAAGAAAGGACUCACACCGCUGUACCUGGCGGCCAUGGCCGGCCAUCUUCCCGUCGUGAAGGAGCUCUUGAAGCUCGGAUCCAAGAUCGACACAAACAUAACGGUCGAGCGGAAUGUGACGCCCCUUCAGGCCGCCAUGAUGCGAGGACACACAGACGUUGUCGACGCGCUGUGGCCAUACGCUGACGACAAAAUCAAACAGAGAUGCCUCCACGCUGCGUUGGAGAGCCAAAAGUUUGAGACUGUUGCGGCUUUGAUUCAAGACCGCGGGCUUGACGUGAACAUAAUGUAUCAGGACGCGCUUCUCCUCGAGUUUGUGGCUCCCUUCAUGGACGUCAAGGGCCUCGUGUACCUGCUGGAGAAGGACCUGCCGAUCAAGAUCGACCGCAGCGACCGACCCGAACACGUUUCAGCGAACCCUGACCACAACUUUUCCUGGGCGACGUUUGUCGAUCCGUCGGCGGUGACGUUGAACGACUCGAUCGCCAAGGAGACUGUCGUCGACGCCCUGGUCGAUUCGAUCUUGGCCGAUGCCACGGCCAUUUCGAGAGCCCACGUCAUGCAAGCGCUGUUGGCGAGCACCGACCAACACAAUCGUCCGGUCGUCGCGCUCGCGGACGCAUCGCUCGUCACGUUUAUGAAGAGCCAAACGUACUUGGCUGGUCGAUACGAGAUCGCGGACGGCCCUCCCAUCCAUAUAGGCGCUGCGUCGGUGAUUGUACAGGCCGUGGACCAUGGCAUGUACGCCCAAGUGUUUGACGAAUACGCCGACGAUGACGGCGUGCUCAACGUGGACGCGUUCGUCGACUGCAAUCACGUCCUGUGCAAGCUCGCGCCAGGCUCGUUCGUGGCGGGUGCCGGGGACGACGUCGAUGACGCCAAGAUGCGCGAGGAAAGCUGGAUCCAAGCGUUUGAUGCGCUCACCCCCGACAACGAGUGCAUUGACGUGGACGAUUUCCGACGAUUCUGUGAAGCCACCUACGGCCCUCACUUGAAAGUCGCGAUGAAGUUCAUGCGCCACGUGGACGACUACACCCGCGAGCGCCAACUGCGCCACGGGUUGUGCAGCCACCGCAUCGUUGGGCUCCUCCCGAUUCAAGCCGACCUGAGUGUCCUCCAGUCAUUGCGACUGACGGGCUACGACAUCGACUUGGCCGAGUUUCCCCACGUCAUCGUGAUGCCGGCGGGAGGACGUAGCUUGGCCGACAUGGCGCACCAUGAACGACCGCAAGGCCGCGACGCCCGUUCGGUGCUCCACCAAGUCGCUGCUUCGCUCGACCACCUCCACAACCAUGGCUUUGUUCAUGGCAAUCUGUCCACAAAGCACGUGUUGUCCAUGCAAGGGCAGCUCAAGCUGAUCGAUUUCACUGCCACUGCUCAAAUCGGCGUCGAUCACGUCGGUGCCAAGUGGUCGUCGGCAUGCUUGCCUCCUGAAAUGUUUUACCAGCUCCGCAACGACGCGGAACUGGCGCAGUAUGCCGCGUACUGGCGCGACCAGUCCAGCUCGAUCCCCGACAGGAACGCCCUCCGUCCGCGAUCCAAUUUCGUCGUACGUGCUUUCUGCCGAUCCGCGUCAGGUCAUGCGCUUCCGUAUACAACGGUGCGCGCGUCGACUGCGCUCGACGCAUGGGCGUUUGGAUGCAUGAUGUUUGACCUCAUCACGGGCACCUCCCUCGUCCCGUCGAGUCGCAGCCACGACAUCUUGCCGACGUAUGUGGCGACCGCAGCGACAUGGACAGACGAAAAGCUUCGCCAACGUGUGGUCGAAGCAGUGCACGACCCUGCGGCGCAGCAGUUGUUGCUGCAGUUGCUCGUCGUCGAGCCAUCUCGUCGCCUGACGAUGGACCAAGUGGUGGACCACGUGUAUUUUUCCGGCGGCCCCCAUGCCGACGUCACCGACGAAGACGACUUUGACGACUGGGUGCUGGACAGCGUACCUGGAGACAUUGCACGGACUCGAGCCAAGCGGAACUUGCACGCAUGA